AUGGCAUCGGAGUCGUCGCGUGCACCCAGACAGCCCAAGGUGCUCAUGUUCGACAUUGGAGGCGUCUGUGUCAAUUCACCAUUCCAGGCCAUUCUGGACUACGAAGUGAGCCUGGGAAUACCUCCUGGAUGGGUAAACUACUCCCUCUCGCGCACGGCCCCAAACGGGUGGUGGCAUCGGCUUGAACGGGGUGAGGUGCCCAUGGACGAAUCCUUCUUUCGCGGUUUCAAUGAGGACCUGCACCACGAGGGGCGCUGGCGGGAAUUUUACGCGAGGGAACAGCAGAAGAGUAAGGGUGAGGAUCGAGCACGACUACAACGGCAGGAGAAGGGGGAGGCCGAGAAGCGCGAGGAUGAGGCCAGCGACAACCGGGAUCUUCAUGCACGGCCAGAGUCGGACACUCCGCCGCCAUUGCCAAAGAUGGAUGGCGAGUGGCUCUUCAACGAGAUGAUGGCAUACUCCGCCGCGCCGGAUCCGUGGAUGUACCCGGCUCUGAAGGCGCUCAAGGCCAGCGGUAGAUAUAUCCUGGCGGCACUGAGUAACACGGUCAUCUUUCCGCCAGGCCACCGGCUUCACAAACCUGACUUCCUAGGCGACCCGGUACGCGGCAUAUUCGACGUCUUCAUAUCGUCUGCCCACGUGGGCCUCAGGAAACCCGACGCACGGAUCUAUCAGCUCGCCCUUGACAGGGUGGACAGAUUUGCGCGGGAGCAGCGUGGUGCCGGCGGUAGGAGCAGUGCUAUUACCGACGACGGUGAUGGAAUGGAUGACGGUGUGGAGGGGCAGGGCGUAGAGCCGGAAGACGUCGUCUUCCUCGACGACAUCGGCGAGAACCUAAAGCACGCGCGCAAACAGGGGUUUAGGACCAUCAAAGUACAUCUCGGACGAGCGUACGAGGCCGUGGAUCAGCUCGAGUCACUGACAGGCUUGGCGCUAGCCGGUGCUCAUCCUAGGGUCCCACCACAGCUGCCUGUCAACCCCAAGUCUAAGAUGUAG